AUGCCUUCUAUUCCGUCUGUCUCAAGACCAAACCAAUCCGCACCACUAUUGUCUCAAGAUGCCCAACCCGGCUCAGCUGUAGGGUUCCAGCAGCAAGGCACGGUUGACUGGAUUUCGAUGGCGAAUGGGACUGUUGGCUUUAGUGUUGAUGUCCUCUCACGUCUCUCUAAGGCAGGAGUGGAAGCCCUCACUAUCUACGCUGCUAGGGCUAUCUUCACCAAUAUCCGACUAGGUGAAGUUGGCGAGCGUCGCCUAAAUGACGUCUUAGAAGCAGCUAAAGCCUUUCCAUCUAUCAGCAAUAUUCUCUGGUUUGGGUUUGGGGUGAAGCAUACUAUCAGAAGUAUGCAAGAAUCUUCAGAAGGGCUUGCAUGCCUCGGUAUAUGUGCCUCUCUUACUGAGCAGUAUAGUACUGUUAUUGCUGCAAAGGUUUUAAGGGAGCUAUUUUUACUUUAUAGCCCACCAGCUGACCUAACGCCAACAUUGCGAUAA